AGCAAGAGUGACUUCCCUUGCAGAUUAGUAAUGUUUUCGAUUUCUGAAAUAUUUCGCAGAUUUCUGAUCCAAAGAACGAUACAAAUUUGAAAAAGAAUGAUUUCACCAUUAACAUGAAAGGUUGUGGUGUACAGUCACUUCUCCAAUUUAAGACUGUUGACCUGUUACGUUCUUUGAAUACUAAAGUGGGAUUCGAUCUCCGAAGUAAUGUUCAUUGUUGCCGAUUCUUCUUGCAUCAUUUUCACUCAUGUCGAUGGAUAUACCACUCAGCUCCCCACCUGUCAACACUACAGUUAAAGACCAAGAUGGAAAGGCGCCAUUGAGUCCAGGUUUGAUCGCUCUGAUAACAAUCACAUCAACAUUUGUGUUCUUUAUGACAAUCAUGUUGAUUGUUUGUAUCGGCGAGUACUGUCAAUACAUGAAGAGGAAGAAGAGUAAGCGACAAGUUCAUGAAAGAAAACCAAGGCAUAAUCAGAACAGAUCAACUGAUGGUGAAAUAUGUUCUGGGACAAGCAUUAGCCAAUCAGAAAACACUUCCACUGCAGUUCAUAAUAAUCCGCAUUCCAGUCCAACGAAAAUAGAGCUGAAACAUGCCUCAGCAUACACCAAUGCUUUUGAAAAUACUCAAAAGAAUAGCAUUAAAGUUGAAUCCAGAAAGGACCAAAUAAACAACGAUAAAAAGAAUCGAAGAGAUAAAAGAGAGGUGGAUGGUUUGGGUGUUAAAAAUGAUAAACAAGAAUUGACAGCAUUAGUUUCGAGAUCAGUUACCAGUGAUCGUUUUUGUGACAGUGAAAGUAGUGUGCGCUCGAGUAUAGACAUUGACUGUGAUAUUAAAUGUGCCACAGUAAACGGUACUAAUCGAGAAAGUGUACGGUUGGAUUCACAGUCGUACGAUGACUUAGAGGCUGACGGGGAAAUUCUCUGCGAUAGCGUUGACUCGAAAGAAGGGUACCCAGGAUUUCAGUUAGAGGCUGAUGUUUAGUGUUAACAGUUCCUCUGUUGCUCAAAUGUUUUGCAUCCAUUUUGUUUAUUUCAUAACUGUUAAUCUGCAAUGGUUUAAAUUCUUAUUCAUUCAAGUUUAAUUUUGUCUUUGGAUUGAGAGAGUUGAUUGAAAUUCUAUAUGGUUACUGGCGAUAUACUAUGCUGUAUAAUGCUUUUAUAAACUCCAUAUAUGCACUGUCUUAACUGUUACCUUGUUAGCUACCAGAAUGUUGGUGUUUUGUGUUAUUGUGAUUUGUUUAAAAAAAGGGAUUGCCUUGAAACUUGCUUUCAUUGUCCUGCUUUUGUUUUGAAAAUACUGCUGUUGGACCAAUGUGACGAUAUUCACCAUAUUUCAUCGCUUUUUUUUAUUAGAAUCAGUCUUUGUCCGGCAUUAGGUUGUAAAUAAUUGCUUGAAAUACAUCUUUCCUGAAACCAUCAGGUCAAAUUCAAUGAGACUUCCUACAAAUACAGCAACAUCAUUUUAGUAUCAAGGGAAUAGAUAAUAUAAUUUAGUUCUUCAUUAAUUUUAACAUUGCAUCUAGAUCACCAAAGAAAAGUUUCUGUGCACUUCAAUGAUAAAAUAUUUAGUAUACAUGCAUUCAAAAGACAUUUUUUUUGAUAAUACGGAAACAAAUAUAUUUGUUUUUGUUAAUACACUUUACUGUAAUGAGGAAAUAAAUGGGGAAACAAUUUAAUUAUAAUGAUUACACAUUAUGAGGAAAUAACCUGGAUUCAUUGUUCGAAUGACAUUGCAAAACAAACAAUGAAGCAUUAUGUAAGUUUUUGAAACUUUUCUUUGACGUUGCUCGCCUGGUGUAACCUCCAGGUGUUCAGGGAACAGUUGAUAUUUAAAAUCAAUAUUUUCAAUUAAAAAUAUACAAAUUAUAAUUCAAUUAGAUUACGGUAUGCAUUUUUUAAAACACACCAUCUAUCACAAAGUCAUGUCUGAUUUUGUCACAUCACUGAUUUUAUUUGUGAAGCAUUUACAUGUAGCUCCAAAAGUGUUGCACCUAUACUCCUGAAACCUUGUAGGAAUGUUAGUCUCCAUGGGCAAUUAUGCACCUAUGAUUUGUGUGGCAUUUCACUUGGUAUAAUAAUAGUUAUGGCCUUUGAAUUGUAAAUAAUGGUAUAAAAAAUAGACAAAUGUUUUUCAAUUUUAUUGCUUAUGUUAAUAAUUCCAAAACACAACUUUGAAACAUUCCUGUGCAAAGAUGGUGUUUGGGGGGGGUAUUUAUCAUUGUGUGAUAGCUGUUGCUGUAUAGUGUGUAUUAUGACUUUUAUUUUAGCAUCAGUUGAAAUCUUAUUUGAGAACAUUAUUUAUCAAUGUAUUAUGAAAUGAAAAUGGUGCAGGUUUCAUGCAAAAUCCUUUAAAAACAACUUUUGUAUAUUUCUUUGAAACACACACAAACCUACAUGUAUGUAUUUGUACAUGAAUGUAGUUAUAGACCCGGUGAGUUGUUUGAAGAAUUGUACAUGAAUGCAUGUACAUGUACUGUGAUGCACAAUCUUAUAUAUAAACAUGCAUUAAGUACUCGUGUGUGUGUAAGUAUUGUCUUGAACUUUUACUGUUCAUUUUUUGGUAUUUUGUCUUUGGUAUUUAGAUUGAUAAGAAUUUUACCUAUGUAAAGAUAUACCAGAUAGAAGGCACAGUUUCAUUCCUCCCGGUCGAAAGUUUUUUUUACAAAACUUAAGCUAAUUGUGAUAGCAUUUAAAUAAAUUGUCAUUUUGUAUUAAAGGUAAGCCAUCCAUGAUAAAUACAAAAAAAUUGAUCCUGGUAAAGUUUCAUUUUAAGAUCACAAUAUGUUCAGUUUGAAUAUUUUUAAAGUUUUUACUGACAGCUUUUCUUUUUUAUAGAGACGUUAUGUUAUUUAAGAAAAGAAUUAAUAAAAUUGUUAAUUAUAAUAAAUCUUUAUAAAUUUAACAUAGAAAUAAUCUUGGUGUUAAUAUCUAAUUAUAAAUGCACAAACACAUCCCUGCAUUCUAAUGAUGGAUGGCUUACCUUAAAGCACUUAUGUUAUAUCACAUGAUUACCAUGACAACUUUUAGUUUUGAACUGAUUUCUUCAAGUAAACCAAGUCCCAUAAUUAUUUGCAUGUACAUGUAAUUUAUAAGUUAAAGACCUUAUCUGCUGAUUUUGCAUACAUGGUUUUCUUUGUUUGACCUGUACAUUCAGUUGCUUAUUAUUAUACCUCGCUCUGUCCACAAUGGUCCAUUACCCGAUAAAGAGAUAUUUUGACUGUCAGAAACAUUUGCAACAUUUUUGACAUGUGACCAAGCGAAAAUUCACUGUCAAGUCAAGUGACCACAAUAACAUUUUGAAUGUCAUAUAAGUGCAAAUAAAUGCUUAAAUAUUUUAGCUAAAUCAUGACCUGAUUGCCUCCCUUAUACAGAUACAGUAGUGACGUCACUAUUCAAUGUGUACACAAAAACAUCAUACGACAGAAAAUUAACGGUUGAAUUUUGUUCUAUAUAUAAUUAUUUUAUUAUGUUAUAUUUUGUUUACCUUGUUAAACUUGUUUUAUUUAAUGAAUUAAAAACAUUAUAAAACUUUUUUAUGUACUAAUUUUGUACGGUAUAAUAUAUAAAUAUCAUAUGGCAGCAUGUGUGACCUUGAUAUUGUCAACCCUCGAAACAGAAUGUCACCCUCAGCUAACGCCUCGGGUAACAUUCUGCUCUUUAUUGACAAUAUCCAAUGUCACACAUGCUGCCAUAGAUAUUAUAUGUUAUAUAUAUAUAUUAAGUCUAUAUCUACAUGUUCUAUAACAUUGAUAGGAGAAUUUCCAUGAGUUUAUUGUGAUUUGUAAAGUGCUAUAAAUAUCUUUUAAUACAAAUGUACAUGUAUUUAUAAUUACCAUGACCAUAUGAAGUGUUCAGUGUUUAGUGGUAAAGGUUGUUUUUUUUGUAUUGAUUGUCAAUAAUUAUUAGUUGUCUUCCAAAAUGUUCUUUCAUACCUGUGGAAAAUUGUAUUAAAGGUAGGUGUAAAGGCUUCCAAGUAAUAUACUCAAGAACAUUUUACUUGUUUUAAUAUUGCAUUUUAAGCUCAUCUGUUCAUUGAAGAAAAAAACUUGGAAUAGAAAUGGCAUGGCCUUGAUGCCAUGUAGUUAUUUUCGUUGUUGUGUAAACACUUUAACCCAUGGGCGGAUUGACGUUAGAGGGGGCAUAACUUAGGUACAUAACCUUUUGACAUUCGUUCCUCCCUCAGAACGGAAUAUUAAGUGGUCUAAAGUGUUGGCAAGGGCUUUUGGGGUACACCUCUACAGUAUUUUAACCAAUUUCUUGUCUGGAAUGUUGCAUUUUGAGCAUGUUUAAUUAUUGACAUAAAAAGUGAAUUGUAUGAUAUCAUUGAAUUAAAGGUGUAUCUUAUAGUUUUGUUAUAGGUAAAUUAAUGUGAGUUAGCUUCCAUUUAUUAUUGCUUGAACCCUUGGAAGAAGUCCCUGAUUACAAGUUAAUUCAUUGCAAUGUGUAAACAAUGUUGUGUUCAUGAAAUACACGAUACUAGCAUACUUAUUUAUUAUCCCCCGCCUAUGAAAUAGGGAGGGGGAUAUUGAAAUGGCGUAGUCCGUCUGUCCUUCUGUCCGUCCUUCCGUCCGUCCGUCCGUCACCUGCGUUUUCUCAGUAACUAGCCGGUAUAAUUUCAUGAAACUUAAAAUAAAUAUGAACCACUAUACUGGAUUGAUGCCAGUCCAAAAACAAAAUUUGAUUGGUCAAUUGUCCUUGGAGUUAUUGCCCUUGAUUUUUUGAAAAAUGCACAUUCACAGCCAUUUCUCAGUCACUAGCUGGCAGAAUUUCAUGAAACUUUAAAUAAAUAUGAAUUACUAUACUGGGAUGAUGCCUGUUUUUUUUGGAUUGGUCAAUUGUACUUGGAGUUAUUGCCCUUGAUUUUUUGAAAAACUCAUUUACAGCCAUUUCUCAGUAACUAGUUGGUAGAAAUUCUUGAAACUUGAAAUAAAUAUGAACCAACAUACUGCGAUGAUGCCUGUUUAUUUAUAUUUUGGAUUGUGUAAUUUCUACAUGAGUUAUUUGCCCUUGAUUUAUUAAAAGCUCCAUGUUUGCAGGCUUUUCUAUGCAACUAGCUGGUAGAAUUUCAUGACACUUGGAAUAAAUAAGAACUAACAUACUGUGAUGAUGCCUGUCUAUUUUUCUUUUGGAUUGGUCAAUUUUCCUUAGAGUUAUUGCCCUUGAUUUAUUAAAAAAUCAUUGUUUGCAGCCGUUUCUCAGUAAAACCAAUGUGCUUAUCUUUUUCUUUCUGAGAUUUGUUUAACCUUCAAGCACAAACAAGCCAUCAAGCACAAACAAGCCAUCGUUGGCGGGGGAUAUCUUUUCACUGAAAAUGCUUGUUGGCACACAUUCAUUCAAAUACUUUAACAUGUGAAAAAUAGUAUUUUACACAGCUGUGCCUUUUUUCAGCUGAUUUUAAAAUUAAGAUUACUUUUAAAAUAAAUGGAUACAUUUUGGUUGUAUGUAUAUAAUAUCUGUUAUUCUGUUGACAUUGCACCAGUAUAAUAUCUGUUAUUCUGUUGACAUUGCAUCAGUAUAAUAUCUGUUAUUCUGUUGACAUUGCACCAGUAUUUUCUUCAAAGAAAUGGGGUGUACAAAUCAUUUCUUCAAUUAUAUACUUAUAGAAAUUUGUAUACUAUUGUUCAUUUUUGACUUACAUUUAAAUGGUUUAUUUCUUCAUUGUUAAUUAUUUGAAUUGAAUAUUUCUUGUUUAUUGCACAUAAUUCCAAAUAAUGUUUGUGUAAAAAGUGUGUAGAAAUACAGUGUAGAAAAAUUAACUUUGACAAUGUUGUGUUUGUUUACUAUGAAUAAUAAUACAAUGUAUAUUGUUGAAUAUGUUGUAUUAAAGUGUGUGUUUUCCUAUACCUGUAUUAUAUCAGUCCCUUUUGUAGUGUAUAAGUGUUUUUGAACUGUGAUAUCCAUUUUUUAUUUUGUUUACUUUUAUUUUCAGAUUUUAUAUUCUGGUGUAUGCUUGCAUGGAUACAAUGUUCUUUAAAAAACAUAUUUUUAGAAAUGGCUUGGAAAUGUAUCAUAACUUUUAUUUCAACUAUUUUAAACAAACAUCUAGGAUUUAUUUUUAUUUUUAAAAAAACAGCCAGCUCUUUAGACAUAUAUGCAGUUUUGCUUUUAUUUCUACAAGAUGUCAAUGUAUUAGGAAUUGUUGUGUAUAUAUAUAUAUAUAUAUAUAUAUAUGUAUACAUAUAUAUAAUCUUGAAGGAGUCGUCAUUUACUACACAACUUUUUUUAUUUUUUAAUGACUUCAGGAAAUAGUCUAAUAAGCAAGCCUUUGGUGAGGUUACUAACAUAUCUCCUGGUAGAGUUGAAUUAAUUUGUGUAUUAUAUAUGACGACGAGAGUCAGAUUCAUUUUAUCACAUGCUUGAACAGUAAAUAAUAGCAAAAACGACCGACCUGUUUCACCUGCUCAAUUGAUGACCCGAAUACCACAAAGCAAUGCCGUUUCCCGCGCUACAUGCAUUGCAUAACUGUGGUUCCCGGAAUAAUUUAAAACCACAGAUACAACGGAUAGAUAUAAUUAUGUUAAGAAGAAUGCAAACUAAGAUGAUAUCCAAUAAGAAUUACAACUAACUAAUUACAACUAAAGCAUUAUACUUUUAACUAGUAUAUCCAGUAAGAUGAUGUCAUAAUUUGUUAUAUGUUCGAUCAUGACAUCCUUUCGGGUUUUAAUAUAUUAUAGAUCGAACGUCUUUAAAAAUGUGUUUCAUGGAAUCAACACAACAUAUUAUGCUUUCCUUUUAAGAUUUGGAUUGAAAAUGUACUUCUGUAUUCAAAAAAUCGUCAUCAUCAAUACAAAAAUAACAAAUAAAGGUGUGACUGGCUUUAAUGUUGCCAAUCAAGCAAUUAUCUUUGCCUAUUAGUUUGCUUUUCAAACAUGUGGAGUGAUACAUUUUCUGACCAAUAGACAAAGAGCAAUGUUAUAUUACACGUGUGUAAUAGAGAAUAAUACGUGAUGGCAAUAUUUCGUGAUAAAUGUUUAUUGAUGUAUUUGUGAUUUAGUUUUGCCUGUAAAAUGUAAUCCUAUUCUGCGUAUUGAAUAAAAUGGCAAAUGACAGUUCA